UUCUUUCGCCUCCCUUUUCCUCUCUUGCAAGAACACAGGUUUAGGGUCUUAGGUUUUUCUCCGGUUGAAAACAAUGGUUGGGAAGCCGUCGAAAGCCGAUAAGAAGCUCGCCUAUGACUCCAAGAUGUGCCAGCUCUUGGACGAUUACAGCCAGGUCCUGGUUGUUGCUGCCGACAAUGUCGGAUCGACCCAGUUGCAGAGCAUCAGGAAGGGUCUCAGAGGCGAUUCCGUGGUGCUGAUGGGGAAGAACACCAUGAUGAAGAGGACGAUUAGGGUUCACUCUGACAAGUCUGGGAACAGAGCUAUCCUCAAUCUCCUCCCUCUGCUUCAGGGGAAUGUUGGUCUGAUUUUCACUAGGGGUGAUCUCAAGGAAGUCAGGGAGGAAAUCGGCAAGUACAAGGUCGGCGCUCCUGCUCGUGUUGGUCUGAUUGCACCAAUUGACGUGGUUGUGCCUCCUGGAAACACCGGGCUCGAUCCAUCUCAGACAUCUUUCUUCCAGGUGCUCAACAUUCCCACCAAGAUUAACAAGGGUACAGUGGAAAUCAUUAUGCCUGUGGAGCUGAUCAAGAAGGGCGACAAGGUCGGUUCCUCUGAGGCCGCCCUGCUUGCCAAGCUCGGCAUCAGGCCAUUCUCUUACGGCCUGGUGGUCGAGUCUGUCUACGACGAUGGGUCGGUCUUCAGCCCCGAGGUUCUCGAUCUCACCGAGGACGACCUCAUGGAGAAGUUCGCCUCUGGUGUGUCGAAUGUCACUGCCCUCUCGCUGGCCAUUGCUUACCCGACACUGGCUGCUGCAUCACACAUGUUCGCCAAUGCCUACAAGAACGUCCUGGCCAUUGCUGUGGAGUCGGAGACCGAUUAUUCGUUCCCUCAGGCUGAGCAAGUGAAGGAGUACUUGAAGGAUCCUAGCAAGUUUGCUGUUGCUGCUGCUCCUGCUGUAGCCAGUGGUGGUGGUGCUGCACCUGCUGCUGCCGAAGAGGAGAAGAAACCAGAGCCGGAAGAAGAGUCCGACGAUGAUAUGGAUUUCAGUCUGUUCGACGAUUAAGGUUUUUUGUUGUCUGGUUGAGACCAUCGGAUUUGGUUUACAGUUUUAGUUUAGCUGCAAUGUAGUUUUUCUUUCAUGUGGAGACGUUUGUUUUACUAGUAAUUAACCGGAUGCUGUUUUAUUUUACUUGAUAGAUCUUUUCGUUGUUCUUUUGAUGCAUGGUCAAAGCGAUGCGUUGUGCCGUAGUUUCAACUGCCAAGUGCCAACUACAAAUCUUGGUUUAAGGCGUUGACACAUUCAUUUUUUUUAUAUAGAAAAUCCCUGGGUAUUUUAUUAAUGAAUCAAUCGUUGGGUUACUACAAUCUACUCUCAAUUGGGAGGUUAGUAAAACCGGUGGUCUUUCCUCGCAAAUCUCAUCGACAUCCCAAUCAAUAUAAGGAAAAUAGCGUUUUAAAAUUUAGAAACUUACGAUUUUACGCUUUUAGGUCACUAAAAUGCUCCCGUUUCCAUAUAAAAUAUGCAGUGUAUAAAAUUGUACUAAACUGCGUUUUAAAAUUUAAAAGUUUACAGUUUUAUGCUUCUAGUUCACCAAAACGCUUUACGCUUCUAGUUCACUAAAUGGAUAUUCUUUCCAUGAAAUUAUUUACAAAAAGUAAAUUUUAGGCAAAAUAUACUUAUGUAGCCAAAACUUUCACGUUUGUGUCAGUAAUAGCCAGAUUUGGAGAAAUACCACUUAUAGCCACUUCCGUCCGAUUUUUUCACCCUAUAAGAGAAAGAUGAUCUACCUACUUCCCAUCGUGAAUGGAAGCUCUGCACCUAAGGAAGGUUGGUUACAGCUAUACUGAAACGUAGCGUUAAGUGUGACUAGAUAAACGGAGAUGCUUACGCGGCGAGCUUUUAUUUUCCUUUUCCUCUGUAAUUAUACAUGUGGAUAAUGAUUAACUAAAAAAAAAUUGACCAAAAAUAAAAUAAAAUAAAAACCCAUUUGACUCGUCCUUCUCUGCCUUAUCUUCUUCUUCUCCGAACCACCCCCUGUUUUACUCCACCAUCAACCUAACGAAGGCGACGUAGUGUCGCCGAUGACCCUCGUACCCCAUCCUAUUCCAUCCUCCACACCAUCAAUCUACCCCUCCUCCAGUCCCGAGUUUCCUCCAUUCAUCGAGCUUACCAUAUCCCCUCCUUCCUCGACAAAGAAUGGCAAGCAUUCGAUGGGUUGACCAACCGGCGGCGAGCUUUGGCCUAGUCCUCCGAAGUUUCUUUUCUUCUGGCGAACGUAGAAUCCACCCAUAGCAGAUGCGAGUGUACUUGUUCGUAGAAACCCUAAUCGCACUUCCCAGGUGGAUUUCUGCUGUCCCUCGAGUGUGACGACUGGUGAGGAGGAUUGAUUCCUUUUGGCUCGACAGAAGAUGCUCGCUUGGACAUGGCUGCAGCUCGCUUGAACUUCUGGGCAGGAGAAAUCGCGAAAUCCCAGAGUUGCGAAUCGGCAAAGGGUGGGAUUGAUGGGGAAUGGAGAGGGUCUCGAAUCGACAGAGGGUCGCGGUUCGCCAAACAGAUUAGGAAGUGGAGGAGGAUUGAUGGGGAAUGGAGAGCAAUAAUCGACGAAUCGAUUAGAAGGGGGAAGAGGAUUCGUUAGGAGAGGAAGUUUGGGGAAGAACCAUAUUUUGAAAUCGGAAGGGGGAAGGGGAUUCGUCGGGGAGGAGAUUUGGGGAAGAACCCUAAUUGGGGGAGGAAAUUUGGGGAGGGAAAUCGGGAUCGGGUUGGGGAUGAAGGUAAGUCGCGAUGCAGAUACUAAUAUAAGUAAUUUUUUUUAUUUUUAAUAAAUAAUAAAUAAUUAAAAUAUCU